UCGCAUCCCGUCCAUAAAUCCCGCACCGGGGUUUGGUUUUUGAAAGAUAUCAAAGCAACGAACAAAAUCUACUUAGCUUAUCACCUGGUGGUUGAGCAAAAAAAAUUGGAACACCUGGCCAAUAUCGCGCCCAGACGGUGGCUGACUCAAGGUGGCCUGUUGACAGGUGCAUCGGACGAUAAUGAUUCUACCGAAAAGGCACUAUAAAAAGGCUUCCCAAGGCACAGUGUCCACAUCAAACGGAAAGUUGUGUUGAGCGAGACCAAACUGUACGAAAAUGGCCAUCUUGAAGCUAUCCAGCGUUUUGAGUGUUUUGCUGCUAGUAGCAACCACCACGGUAAUGGGUGCCGGUGUUGCGACUCGGGCCUGUUCCGGUGGACGUCCCGCUCCGACGGAGGUGCGUGUUGAGGGCUGUACCGUUCCACCGUGUGAUUUAGUGCGCGGUUCGGACGCCAUCAUGGAUAUGGACUUUACGGCACCAUUCGCAGCGGACACUCUGCGUACGGAAGUGGUCGCAACGGCACUGGGUGUGACGGCUCCAUUCGAGCUUCCGGCAGACCGGGCUGCGGCCUGCAAUUGGCUGCUGAACGCACAGUGCCCCGUCAGCGCUAAUGAGGACAUUACGUACCGUUUGAGUAUGCCGGUUUUGCUGAUCUAUCCACGCGUGAGCCUGACCGUUGAGAUCAAUCUGGUGGAUGACGCUGGGCAGUCGUUGGCUUGCUUCUUGCUCGAUGCUCGUGUUGUUUCGAGCCGUGCGUUGGUGUAGUUAAUGAUACAUUUGUAUUUGAAAAGGCGAUAAUAAAGUGCGAACAAACAAAGGAGUAUGUUAAAAAA